AUGGCGUCUCCAGGGCCCUCUAAUUUGCAGUCUAUAUCUGCCAUGUCUUCCCGCACAAAGUCAAAACCUCCUGCUCAUUCUAUGGGUAUCACUGCCGGGGCUGAAGAUGUUAAGUAUCAAGCCAAGUACAAGGAACUAAAAAGAAAAGUAAAGGAAAUCGAAGGCGACAACGAUAAGUUACACUUCAAAGUUUUGACUGCAAAACGCAACAUCCAGCGAAUGAAACUUGAAAGAGCAAUUCUCUAUGAACGCCUGGCUCAAAUUUCUCCUUCGCCAGUUCCUAACGACCAACCCUCUAUAUCCGCUCCUCAUCCUGCUGCUGUUGUACACCAUUCGCCCAUAAUCCAACCUGUGCCUAAUCGUCACCGUGUCGAUGUCGGAGAUCUCGUAGGCAUAGACUUUGAUGCAAACUUCGUUGAGUAUUCUCAGCCACACUCGAGGAUCAAUCCCGGUCGACCUUUGCCUGCUAUCGAUACAACUAUAGCACCUAGUGCGCAUCAUCACAUACCACCACCUUCGUCGCGUCACGGUUCAGGUUCAGGUUCUGAUAGCCGCCAGCUUCCACCUUUUACCCAGUUUCUCGACCAGCCCCGAAGCCCUCGUUCCCAUCCUCAUUCUGACAGUCACCAACGUACACGCUCUCAGUCCUCUUCCUCCCGCUCUCACAACCUUCCUCUGCAACAAGCUCCCUAUCAUAUUGGUAAUGCCCAAGGGCACCAAUAUGCCGACAGUCUUCCUCCAAUGCAACAUGCUCUACACAGUCCACCGCUCUUGGACCGUGAGCGUGAAGGUUCACGUUCUAGACGUCACGAUCUGCAUGAGCUAGCUGGGACGCAUGAUGCCCAUGCACAUUCGAUGCCUCCACUUUCGCCCUCUGUAGACAGUCGCUCUUCAGCACGUAUUCACAACCAUCAACGUUUAGGUCCAGGCACGUAUAUAAACCGUGACGAUCCACGUUCCCAUGAAAUGGACCGCGAGCGAGACUGGGAGCAGGAACGCGACAUUCGGGACCGCGAACUAAACUAUAGCAACGCCAGACAACGCGAACGAGAUCCUGUUGUGAGCAGUAUGCGUUCGCCACCCCCUGUGCACCGUCGAGCACCUUCAGCAAUGGAUUAUCAUGAUCAACACAUCCCUUCUUCGCGAGCGCGCGAAGAAUACUAUCAUGAAAAUUCUCUUGGAUCUGGUGGCCCAAGUGGAGGUGGUAGUGGCGGCAUUUACGCCCGAGUUUCACGCUCCGGUACACCAGGUUCAGGUUCAGGUUCAAACUCUGCAGGUGCUAAUGAGGGACCAUCUCGCCCCGACUCUCGAAGUAGUUAUUUCGAAGAUCGUUCAAGAGGCUAUAGAUUCCGCCAUGUUAAUGCCGGGCUUCCGACAAACGAGGAGCCAACUCUAGAUUUCGUACAUGAAGACGGUAGAUCGCAAUCCCGUGAUCGUAGUAAUGCCACUGGUGUAGGCUUUCCACUUCAACAUCGCGAGACAGUAGAUGCCGUUGGAAGAAUGGAUUUGCGCCGGGAUCGAGAAAACAAGGAUGCCAAAAGGAAGAUUCGUGGGGACAUGGAUGUUGAUACGGAGAAUGGCUCUACCGGUGUUAUGUCCUCCUACCCCGGUGGGAUAUCUGACGAGCGAGGAGGGAAGCGAUAUCAUCGUGAUGAUAACAUAGAAGAUGUCCGAAUGGGCCCAUGA